AUGGCGACUUCUCCCAACGAGGGCGUUUCGAUUCGGACAGUCAGACUCAAGGUGCUUUACACGUUCGACAUCGACCAGAAAGACAACCACCUCGCAAGAUGGCCUCAUUCCCUGGAUGUCCAGACUGCAUUUGUGGACGAGGCCAACCAAAUCGGUGUCAUUGACUUACGAACUUGCCUAGAAGCUGUCACUACAGCAAGCCCGGAAAUGACGGCCAACCCCGAUAGCGACUACACAGUCUACGCCUACGAUUACUCAGAACCGGACACACCCCUGGUAGGUCAAGGUAUGCUCUCAAAAACACUAGCAGAUCACGACCAGGGCGCAGGAAGUGACGCCGAAGCUAUGGUGACUGGGAGAAUCACAAAAAAUGUUAUGGGGUUGUUUUCCAGGAACGCCCAAGAGACUCUCGAAGUCAAGUUGAGACUCAGACCGGUCAACACCUAUUUUCAGAGAAAUAGAUCAGGCAGCAUUAGCUCUCAGGACGGUGUUCGCUCCUGGGGUACGGGUUUUGGCGGACAGUAUGCUCGAUCAGGCUCACCUGUUGAUACGACUGGUCUCGAGAAUAUGCAGCGGAUGCUCAACGGAGAAAACUUGCCGAUUCCAGGACAGCUUAGUCGGCCAGGCACCCCUACUGGGACGCAAGCAUUGAAUGCCCCAUCACGUCAGGCUGCUGUCCAAUCCAGACCCAGUUCGAGAGCUGGAAUGCGGCAGAUAUCUCAUUCAAGACGUGAUUCUUUCAACUCUGGUUACUACAGUGGUGAAGAGAAUACGGAGGAAGGCCCAGCCCGAAAGAGAGCGAAAAUCACAAAGGUCGACUGGCCGUCCAAGUCUAAUCUCAACAUCGAACGUCAACCGGAUUCCCUACGUGUUGCAGCCAGCACCGCUUCUAGUGUCCGGCUGCAUCGCCCUGUCCCAAUAAAUCCUGGCGUUGCUCAAGCUGCAGCAGCUGCAGAAGAUCCUGUCAGACCACCCACUCCCAUUCCGGUUAACAAGUCGGGCAAGCCUCGUGGCAGGGUCGGACGACCACGGAAGAAUGCUCCAAGCAAUCUCGCCCAAGGUGCCCAGGUCCGGGAGUCAUCUCCAGCCCUUGAUUCUGCCUCGCACGCGGAGCUUCUGAACAUCCCCAUAACCUCACCCGAGGAAACACGAGGUCGAAGUGUUUCGAGCACGCCCGCGAAUAUUCCUUCUUCCCCUCCUGUCAUGCCAGAUCACCCAGCGAUUACGAGCCCUGCUCUUCCCCCUCUAGCCAACCAUGACUCUGGCUUCAUGAGUGGCAACCUUGACGACUUAUUUGGCGAUGACCAACUGCUUCACUUUGAAGACUUUAUUAUUGACAAGCCUGACGAGACAGAUAUUGGCGAAGGUGCCGCACAGGCUCAGCCUGCUGAUUGCUCCGAGUAUCCAACUGUUUUCGAAGACGAUUAUGAUUUUGGCGAGAUAGCUACCGAAGCUCCAAAACCUGAAAUGGUGCCUCCUCCGUUACCACCGCCGGCGGCUUCACGGUCUUUGGCAAGGGCACAGUCUUACACCCCUGCCUCUCGAGCAAGCAUGUCUUCGCCAAGAUUAGCGCCAGCACCCAUCCCCAGAGCACGUCAGAUUAUGGAAGAAAGACGUGAGCAGCAACGACUUAAGCCAAUUGCCCCUGCAUUGGUCCCCAAAAGUGAUCCUGCCCCAAGGAAUAUCCAACGAGCACAAACAUGGGCUCCUGACAGUGAUGCCAUCAUGUCGGACGCAUUUGGUAUGGAUGAAUCCAAGGCAAAGGCUGCAACCAAAAAGAAAGUAGGAUUGGAACAGACGAAGGCCAGGCUCGAAAAUGCAAUUGCAAAAGGAGAGAUGCCACCAUUCUGUGACAACUGCGGCUCGAUCGAGACCCCAGCAUGGCGUCGAGCCUAUGUCAAGAUUUUUCACAAUGGUUGGGAUCAGAUCGAGACAUCCUUGGCAACAGGGGAAUGCUGUUACAAGGAAAUCUUGGAGACGAAUGAAGAUGGUUCGGUCAAAACUUUCAGAGGAUACAAGGUUGAAAAGAGAGCUGGAGACGAGGAAGACAAGUGGACGGCUGUCAUACUUUGCAACCCUUGUGGGCUGUGGUUCCAUAAACAACGAUGCCCACGACCACGUGAGAAGUGGCAGAAGAAGGAUCCGAAGGACAAGGGCAAGAGAAAGAGGAACAAUGUUGCGAAAGAUCCGAAGAAGGGUAAUGCAAAUGCAAACCCUAAAAGUGAUGCUCAGACGCCUGCUAGCGACGACUCUUCACCAGAUACCGGCACUGAAGCACCUGAUGCGGAGGAAAAUGACAACGAAAUGUCCAACAAUGAGCUGCCCCUUGACGAGACUGAGCCUCAAUUGCCCUCAAUGCCACGCACGUUUAGGGCCAGUAGUGCCGGUCCUGGACCUCGGGGUCUGCAAGCUCGUCACCAGAACCGUCGACCAGCUGGACGCCAGGUACAAUCGAGCCCUGGGCAUCGCAACGGCUCUGAAGGCCUUCCGAUUGAGAUCGACUUGACCCCGAAGCCUAUUCGGCGACAACUCUUUCCUUCCCCGGACAAACCACGAGUGCAGUCAGACCCAAGUCACUACACCACCGCCGCAAAGCAUGUGACGCAUCUCCCCGCCUUUGUUCGCCGCAGCCCUCGACUGAACAAGACCAGAGAUGUGUUCGCAACGCAAGCUGGUUCUGUGGCGAUUACUGUUGACGGCAAGGAGAAUGCAGAGCCGGCAGCUGCUGUCGUAGAUGAUGGCCUCGCAGAUUUAUUUGAAGAAGCUCCCCUAGACGUGGAGUUGCCUCCUCCAGUGACACCACAGAGACGAUCAGAAAGACUCCUUCUCAAGACACCUUCCAAAACCCCACAACGACAGUUCGGUGCCGAAAUGUCACCCAAUGCCGACUUGUUACCAAACUUCCGCACGCCGAAGUCAAAGCAAAGACAUCCUCAUCCUGCCCCAAGCACGCUCCAUAUCUCUAAAGGCGUACUUGAGAUGACCCCGUUUACUCGUUCAAUUCAUGAUGCUAUACUCAACGAUGCUCCCUUCAUCACGGACGCGACUGGCGAAGGGAAGACAUCCGACGUUGCCGAGAUUAAGAAAACUCCCCCAAAGAAGGCUAUUUCUUUCGAUUUUCCCGACCUACCUUCUCUUAAAAACUCAUCCCCGAUGUCAGCAGAACAAUUACUCAACUUUAACUUCUCAGAGUUGACAACGGAUCGUUUGGACAGCGAUUUCGUAGACCCUUUUACAACCACGGGGAUGAUGCCUAGUUCGCCCCCCGCGGGUUUAUUCGACUUCCCCAACGCUGAUCAUUGCAUGGACGACAUAUGGUUCAAUAUGGUUGAUUCUAAUGCAGGACAGUCCUAUCCUGAGUCUUCCGCGCCCGCCUUGGUGACACCAGGUCAGAGUUUGAGGAGGAGUCCUCGAACCCAGAAGGUGAAAUAA